AUGACAGAUACAAAGAAACCGCAGGAACAAACAGAAUCCCUCCCAUUUGAAACUGGCGAUGAAACUAGUAAACAAGUCAAGGACAAAGAGAAUGAUGAAAAUAAAAUUUCUCCGGAAAUCAUUGUUGAAGCUGGGGCACGAACUG